UUCACUCUACCCUCAGCAUACCAACCUCAAAUGAAAUUAGUUAAAAUAGGCGGUUGUUGUACUCAGUAAAAAGUUCUAAAAUCAGUAAAACACCUUCCAACCAUGUCGCUCCCACCGCUAAGGCAACCGAAACACUUCCAAUACAAACCACUUGAACACUCCAAACAGAAGGAAGUCUCAAAAACGCCGGUCGACUAUGUUAUCGUGACUUUAAAAUCCGAUUCUAAGUUAGUGGUGGCUUCAGACGCCUAUCACGGCAUCCUGAUGGUUGGGGGUAUGUUUAAAUGCGUCGUUUGUGACGUUAGUAUGGAGAAUAUGAAUAUAAAGGAUCUUCACAAGCUGAGUCCGCAACAUAAGAAAAAGCUGAUGGAGUGUCCGCAUUUGGAAGACUUCUCUAUUCAUUUGUUGAGGCAGGUAAAUCCCGAUAACUACUACUGCACAAUAUGUAAUGUGGUUGUCUCUAAGUACAUAACGGUGCGGCACGUCAGCACCGAGGCACAUAAGGAAGAACUGAAUAAAGCCAAGAACAGGGCAGCUUUUUAUAAGUCUGUUGAUUAGAUUUGUAAAUAUAAAUAUUAUCGGUGAUUUAGUUGCUUGAUGUAAGAAAUAUGUUAAUAAAUGUUUGAUAUAAUAGUUCUCCUUUCUAU